CCCACCCUCUGGUGCUCCUGCACCCACUGAAACCCCAGUUCCAAAAACUGCGCUCCCCGCCCCUGUGGCCCCAGUAGAGCCUGCUGCUGCUGAUUCUAAGGCUCCAGCUACCCCAUCUGAAGUGGCUCCAAGCCCUGCUGCUGUUUCUAAAACCCCAGCCUCAAAAACCAAGCUUCCACCCCCUGAGACCCCUAAAGCUGCCACUAAAGAGUCCAAAGCUGAAGCACGAAAGAAAAAGUCCAAGUCUGCUGGCCCUAAAGUCCCUGUUGCGGACUCUAAAGCAUCAGUUCCUAAAGUAGAGACCCCUCCCACUGUCGGUGCUGCUGGAGCCAUUGAAUCAAAAUCACCAGCUCCAGAAAACAAAACUACACCUGAAAGUCCUGCAGCGCCUGUAGUGGAGUCCAUAGCUCCAGUUCCAAAAACUGAGUUCCCCGCCCCUGUGGCUCCAGUAGAGCCUGCUGCUGCUGCUGCUACUAAGGCUCCAGUUCCAAAAACUGCGCUCCCCGCCCCUGUGGCCCCAGUAGAGCCUGCUGCUGCUGAUGAUUCUAAGGCUCCAGUUCCAAAAACAGGGCCGCCCACCCCUGUGGCUCCAGUAGAGCCUGCUUCUACUGAGGAUCCAGAAAACAAAAAUAAACCUGAAAGUCCUGCAGUGCCUGUAGUGGAGUCCAAACCUUCAGAAACACAGGCUCCACCAGCUGAACUUCCUGCGUUGCCUGCUUCUGAUGCCAAGGCGCCAGCCUCAAAAACCAAGCUUCCACCCCCUGAGACCCCUAAAGCUGCCACUAAAGAGUCCAAACCUGAAGCACAAAAGAAAAAGUCCAAGUCUGCUGGCCCUAAAGUCCCUGUUGCUGACUCUAAAGCAUCAGCUCCUAAACUAGAGACUUUUCCCACUGUGGUCCCUGCUGAGCCCAUUGCUGAAUCAAAAGCACCAGCCCCAGAAGACAAAACUACAUCUGAAACUCCUGCAGCGCCCGUAGUACAGUCCAAAACUCCUGCAGCACCCGUAGUAGAGUCCAAAACUCCAGCUUCAAAGACACAUCUGCCUCAGACUGAUGCUCCUCCGGUGCCUGUGGCUACUGGCAAAGAAUCAGCUCAAACAGAGCUGCCCGCCCCUGUGGCCCCAGUAGAGCCUUCUGCUGAUGCUAAAGCUCCAGAAACACAGGCUCCACCAGCUGAACUUCCUGCGUUGCCUGCUUCUGAUGCCAAGGCGCCAGUCUCAAAAACCAAGCUUCCACCCCCUGAGACCCCUAAAGCUGCCACUAAAGAGUCCAAAACUGAAGCACAAAAGAAAAAGUCCAAGUCUGCUGGCCCUAAAGUCCCUGUUGCGGACUCUAAAGCAUCAGCUCCUAAACUAGAGACUGUUCCCACUGUGGUCCCUGCUGAGCCCAUUGCUGAAUCAAAAGCACCAGCCCCAGAAGACAAAACUACAUCUGAAACUCCUGCAGCGCCCGUAGUACAGUCCAAAACUCCUGCAGCGCCCGUAGUAGAGUCCAAAACUCCUGCAGCGCCCGUAGUAGAGUCCAAAACUCCAGCUUCAAAGACACAUCUGCCUCAGACUGAUGCUCCUCCGGUGCCUGUGGCUACUGGCAAAGAAUCAGCUCAAAAAACAGAGCUGCCCGCCCCUGUGGCUCCAGUAGCGCCUUCUGCUGAUGCUAAGGCUCCAGCACCAGAAAAUAAAACUACAUCUGAAACUCCUGCAGCGCCCAUAGCAGAGUCCAAACCUUCAGCUCCAGAAAAGAUGACUGAUUCUAAAAGGCCUGCAGUGCCUGUUGUGGAGUCGAAAGCUCCAGCUUUUCUUUCUGGCUCACUGGUUGUACAAGCUGAUGCUGUAGUUGAUAGAGCUCUGAGCCAGCCUGAUAUAGAAAGUGGCUCCGCAAUGCUUGCUACUAACAUUCAGUGUUUAGUGCCUGAUAAGUUAUGUGCUGUAGAUGUAGUAGAUGCUCCCAUUGGUGUUUCUGAAGGGACUGUAGUUCAGGAUUUGAGAUUCCAUGGUGCGGUUUCUCCAAAUGACUGGGCACUACAGGAAACGGUGCACAAAAAUUGUUCACCAUUUGAGGUGUCAUCUGUAGAGGUAGAAUUCACACCUGAAAAUAUAUUGCCAGGCACUUGUGAAACUCCUACUGAUGAGUUUUACCCAGCAGAGGAAUAUUUUGCUCCAUUUCCAGGGAUAUUUGAUUCAAAGCAUAUGCUACCAAUCUGUGUGCUGCCCUUACAGGAAGCAUUUGAUACAGAAUCAGUGAUCUUGGCCCCGGCAGCCCCCUCUGAGGAGGCGGAGGCCCCGGCAGCCCCCUCUGAGGAGGCGGAGGCCCCGGCAGCCCCCUCUGAGGAGGCGGAGGCCCCGGCAGCCCCCUCUGAGGAGGCGGAGGCCCCGGCAGCCCCCUCUGAGGAGGCGGAGGCCCCGGCAGCCCCCUCUGAGGAGGCGGAGGCCCCGGCAGCCCCCUCUGAGGAGGCGGAGGCCCCGGUAAUAGAGGGCCAUUUACUAAUAGAGACCCUAGCUGCUCAACCAGUGGACGACUCUUCUGUAGUGUUCCAUAAUGUGGCUCCAGCUAUUUCCUUUGAAGAUGUUGUUCAGUCAUCUCUACUUGAGGUGAUUCCAACAGAAGACGCUGCUGUUUCUGAGGAGACCCCUCCAUUAGACAGUGCAACUCCUCUAGUCCUUGAAGUCCCAGCAAAGGAGGAGGCCCCUACCAUUGGGCCUGUGGAGGGUACGGCUGCAGUCACUGAGAAAUUGCUUCCUUGUUCCCAGUCUGUACAAGAUACUGAGAUAAAAACCACGGAAAUGGCUUUUGGUGAAACAUUAGAUAUGAUAAAACCUAUUAAUGAAUCUGGUCAGAAAUCUGAGGCCUAUUCUGAGGGGCUAGGAAAGGAUGUGAUGUUAUCCCCUGAGGUAACCUUGAAUGAGGGGUAUGAGGAUUUAAAUCAAUCUCUUUCUACAGACUCUGUAAAUGAAAAUAUAUCCAAUGAGCCAAAGCACGCUGGCUCUCCAGUUUCUGUGCCUGAAAGUGUUGGGUCAUUUUCUGUGGAGGAAUCUGCCCGGCCGGCCUCUCUUAUGAUGAUUUGUGCCACUUCCCUUCUUAUGUCUGCUUCCGCUACCCCAGAUAACAGUAGUGACCUGACCCCUUCUAAAGACCUUUCAUUCUCUGCUGCUUCUAAUCUCUGUUCUUCUCCUAUUCUUCUAGCUAAUAAAGUUGAGAAAGUGUCUCAGGGUUCUGCUCCAGAGCUAGAUAUCCAAAGUCCUGCAAAAGAGCUAACCCCUCCUCCUGCUGUGCCUUCUGUACCUCUUGCUUCUGUUUCUUCACCUCUUGUCUCAAAAACGCCUGCCUCGCCACCUGCCCCUGUUGUUGUUGAAGAGGAGGAAUUGCCCCCUCUGAUUCCAGCAGAGGUUCCCACUAAGGAAGUGGUGUUUCAGCCGGUCACGGUGGACCUUGCCUCCCCUAAACCACCUGUAGCUGCUCCUGUGAAGGAGCCAAUUCUGAAGAACGACAAGGGGUCUGGGACAGAAUCCGACAGUGAUGAUUCUCCUCCAGAGCUGGAACAGGACACACAAACCUCUACACAGCAGGCACAGCUGGCAGCAGCAGCAGAAAUAGACGAGGAACCUGUCAGCAAAGCAAAACAGAGCAGGAGUGAAAAGAAAGCAAGAAAGGCUAUGUCAAAGUUGGGGCUUCGCCAGGUCACCGGAGUUACACGAGUCACUAUCCGAAAAUCUAAGAACAUUUUGUUUGUCAUAACAAAGCCAGACGUAUACAAGAGCCCAGCAUCAGAUACCUAUAUUGUCUUUGGAGAAGCUAAGAUUGAAGAUCUCUCACAACAAGCCCAAUUGGCUGCUGCAGAAAAGUUCAAGGUACAAGGAGAAGCAGUCUCAAACAUACAGGAAAACACACAGACUCCCACAGUACAGGAGGAAAGCGAAGAGGAAGAGGUUGAUGAGACUGGAGUAGAAGUGAAGGACAUUGAACUCGUAAUGUCACAAGCUAAUGUGUCCAGGGCGAAGGCUGUGCGUGCUCUCAAGAACAACAGCAACGACAUUGUAAACGCCAUCAUGGAGUUGACGAUGUGAGUGUCCCUCAGAGUGAACUCAUUUGGUCUUGCUCUUGGGUCGGUGCAGCUGAAAUUGAGAUUUAUACUAUUUCUAUUGAUUUAAUAAAGUUGUGGCUUAUUGUUGGUGA